AUGGCUCCGACGAUGAUCGCGAAUUGCGACGGGCUCAAAACCGGAACCGGUUGCUUCGAUAUUAACGUCACUGAAGUAUUAACGUCAUUCUGGCCAUCGGUCGAUGGUAAUUUGCCUCUCGAUGAGCCACUUUGUGGAUACAGGUGCGUAAUGACACACGAUUUUUCCGAUGUUUUCGAAAAAUACCAAAGAUGA